GCAUCGAGCUCAGCGCGAACUAGAAGCAGAGUUUGCAGCCCGCGACCGCAGCUUCAUCUUCAAUGCCUGGUUCGAGAGUGUAAAAGCUGUAACUUUCCCCUCCGCGGCGGUUCCUCUAACCAAGGAGGACAUCGAGGCGCUUGCGCGUGCAGCAGAUGAUGCCCUGGCACUCAUCCCCUCCACAAAGACAAGGGCCUGUGACUCAGCGUGUUUGGAGGCACUGGCUUCGAAGCUCGAUGCGGCUGUUGCCACAGUUGCUGGGUCUGGCGCCUUUGUGAGGCUGAACUACUUGUCUCCCAAGGACGCUGUGAUGGAUAACCUCGAGCAACUGGGUGCGGCAGCGAAAUGGCCAGCGAUUCAGGUGCGAGAAAGCCAACUCACGAUUUGA